AUGACCAUAGGUAGUGGAAUUCAUGUCCCAGUAAUGCUUAAUGAGGUUCUUGACCAUCUCAAUUUAAAAAAAGAUGGGACUUAUGUCGAUUGUACUUUUGGCAAGGGCGGUCAUUCACGAGCCAUAUUAAAAGAAUUAAAAAAGGAAGAACAUUUAAAAGAACUUGGUAUCAAAGAAGUAGAUGGGUUUUUGCUUGAUUUGGGUCUUUCUUCGAACCAAUUGGCUGAGGAGCAGAGGGGCUUUAGUUAUCGAUUAAGCUCCCCGCUUGACAUGAGAAUAAGUCAAGAAAUCAGACUAACAGCCGAAGAUAUUAUUAAUAAUUAUUCUUAUGAAAGAUUAGCCGAUAUUUUUUAUCAUUUUGGCGAAGAAAGAAAAGCGCGGGUAAUUGCUCGCAAGAUUUGCCACCGACGACAAAAAGAAAAAAUUACUAACUCAGAACAAUUAGUGGGGAUAGUUGCUUCCUGUUUUUCUCACAAAACUAAUAAACAUCCUGCUCGCAAAGUAUUUCAAGCUCUGCGAAUAUUUAUUAACAACGAACUAGAAAAUCUGACCAAAUCCUUAGAAAUUGCUCUUAAAUAUCUUGCCAUAGACGGAAGAAUUAUUGUCAUUAGUUACCAUUCCUUAGAAGAUAGAAUUGUUAAGCAAAUAUUCAAAAAACGUGCCUUGUCUAAUAAUUUCCAAAUUAUCACUAAAAAACCCUUAAUUCCUACUCCAAAAGAACUUAGUGAAAACCACCGAUCUCGAAGUGCCAAAAUGAGAGUUAUUGUGCGAAAGGUGUAA